ACUCUCUCAGCAUCUGAGUCGACUAGGACUUCGAUAUAUCGUCAGUACACUUUCAAGAUCCCGCGAAAUAACAUUGUUUAACUUUUUCAUUCACUAAAAAUUUUGUUAUGAAUACGUUGAAUUUUCAUUUUUAACGUUACAGUUCUUUGGUGAUUAAAUUUUUGUCAUGCACACGAAGGAUUAAAAUCUUCUUUUUCUUUUAAAGAAAAUAUAUAUUUUUAUUUUAUUUAAAAAAAAAAAUGUUUAUUAAAGUGAUUUGUGUGGUGUUGUUUGUGUGUCUUGCGUCAGAGACCUUCGGCAAACCCACAAUUUAUAAACGUAAUGAGGAUAAUAUUUAUGAACCAGUAAUGGUUCCGGUAUCUUCAACGGUUAUACCUUUGCCAGUCUACAAAGUUGGAUAUGGAUUUGGUUUUGCUUCAGACAAAAAAUUUAAGCCCGACGAUAAAGUGAAAUUAAUAACAGUCAAGAACAUUGAAGAACACAAAGUUGUCAAAAAAUUGUGAAGAGAGCUACAACAAUCAAGAUGUGAUUUGUCAACUGAAAGAACUAUCGGAGAAAAAGCUGAAUUCCGAAAAACUUACUAAUUUUGAGAGGAAAAAGUCAUUUAAGUUUCUAUAAAAGACUAAUGAGCUAGUAGCAAUUAAAUUUAAAGAUAUAAUGAGUAAGAAGAAAAUACGUAUAUUUUGAAGAAAUAUUUCAUAUUCGAGUAUUCUUGACUUCUUAAAUUCAACUAAACUGAAAUUUUAUUAGCUUUCAAAGUACAAAUCCUGGACUGAAAACUUUUCCAGCUACACACCAAAAAAACGAAAAAAGUUCUGUGAAUUGAAGAAAUUUAAAAACAUUCUCAACAAUAGUAUAAAAUUUCGAAAAGAGCAAAAUCAAUGUUCAACUUUUAAAAUAUGCAAAAAUGAUAAGAAAAC